UACUGUAUCUCAACAAAUUGUGAUUUCCGGUUCCGCAAGUGUCGGUAUUUUGAAAGUUAAUUAGUAUCAUUAAAUUUCAACCUUGUUUACUAAGUAUACAAUGGCAAGCUCUUUACGGCAGCCAGUAUUGGCUUUAACAUCAAAGUUUUUACAAAUUGCACCUAAGACGGCCACUGUGCCUGUUGCAAAGUCUUUAACACCACAUUUUGCCACACGUGGUUUGACAUUGUCAUUGAGCAGAAAUUUAUGGAUUGCAUCAAACAACACAAGCAUUUUAAAUAGAAGCAAACAUAUUUACAAGCACGGAAAAGUAUGUGGAUGCUGUUCAGUACACACAGAAGUUGAUGAAAAGUUGGCAUCAUUCCUGGACCAGGAAAUUGCAAGUGAAAGUAAAACAGAAGCAUCUAUUGAUACAAUUGACGGCUGGGACAUUAAGACAGAUGGAACUGGUGUUAUUCUUACAAAAAAAUUUAAUGAUGAAAUUAUAAAGAUAGAGUUUGAUGUGAAUGACACCGUGGAUAAUGAAGCCCCAUUUUCAGAGGGAGCAGAUCUGGAAGCACCAGCUCUUGUAUCAAGGCCACCUUUUGAUGUUCAGAUCACAAAGAAAUCUGGGAAAAAAUUGAGAUUUUUCUGUGAAUUUACUGCACAAGAGCCAGAUUUUGAGGAAGUUGAACCUCAAGAAAAAAUUGAUGAUCAAUUCAACAUUGUUGAAGUAAGAAUAGACGAGUCGGCAACUGGUGGUGUAGACAAGUUUUAUUCUCACAGUGGAGCAGUUAUGGAUGCGACCCUGUAUGACUUAUUGAUGGACAUGUUGGAUGAGAGGGGAGUCGAUGACGACUUCAUCAACAAUAUGGUGAACUUCGCCACGUCUUACGAGUACAAGCUCUACUUGAAAUUCCUCAACGACUUGAAGUCUAUAAUCAACGAGAAGUAGAUCAAGAACAUUUAUCUGUCAGAAAAAAAUAUAUGUACAUCUAAAAACUUCCAAGUUUUGAUGGAUGUGAACUUAUUGUAUUGUAUUGUUGGUUGAUAAAAGACUAGAUCAUGACGAUGGAAAUUGUAUAAUUAUAGACAUUUAUAUCAUGUUUUGAUGAUUAUACAUAAUUCAUGUAGGUGUUUAUAUUUUGUAUUUUUUGUCAUUUCUAACUUUGCUGAUAAUUACUUAUUUUUAGGGGAGGUUAAGAUGUAAGAGAAAGCUUGUUAUAUUUUAGGUUACCUUUUUUUUUGUGAAAAUGGUGUUAUAAUAUGUCCGAGCGGGUACAUGUAAAUGCUGUAUAACAAAAUGAAACGGAACAUAAACUUAUGUGUAUUUUAGACCCUACUUGUUCACUUGCUUGCGUUUUAUGUAAAAUCAUGCUAUUUUAGAAAUAAACUAGACAGAAAAACAGA